AGGAUGUGAGCCCAGUGGUCGGUAAUGCUGUGGCUGGCCCUUGGCCCCUCUCAUACCAUGGAGAACCAGGUGCUGGUGAUUCGAAUCAAGAUCCCAGAUGGUGGAGCUGUGGACUGGACAGUGCACUCUGGGCCCCAGUUGCUUUUCCGGGAUGUGCUGGAUGUAAUAGGCCAGGUUUUGCCUGAUGCAACAACUACAGCAUUUGAAUAUGAAGAUGAGGAUGGUGAUCGAAUUACUGUAAGAAGUGAUGAAGAAAUGAAGGCCAUGCUGUCAUAUUAUUAUUCCACAGUAAUGGAACAGCAAGUAAAUGGACAGUUAAUAGAACCUCUGCAGAUAUUUCCAAGAGCCUGCAAGCCUCCUGGGAAACGGAACAUACAUGGCCUGAAGGUGAAUACACGGGCAGGGCCCUCUCAUCAUAGCAGCCCAGCAGUUUCAGAUUCACUUCCAAGCAAUAGCUUAAAGAAGUCUUCUGCAGAAUUGAAAAAAAUAUUAGCCAAUGGCCAGAUGAAUGAACAAGACAUACGGUAUCGAGACACCCUCGGUCACGGCAAUGGAGGCACAGUCUACAAAGCAUAUCAUGUCCCGAGUGGAAAAAUAUUAGCUGUAAAGGUGAUAUUGCUAGAUAUUACACUGGAACUUCAAAAACAAAUUAUGUCUGAAUUGGAAAUUCUUUAUAAGUGUGAUUCAUCAUAUAUUAUAGGAUUUUAUGGUGCAUUUUUUGUAGAAAACAGGAUUUCAAUAUGUACAGAAUUCAUGGAUGGAGGAUCUUUGGAUGUGUAUAGGAAAAUUCCAGAGCAUGUCCUGGGAAGAAUUGCAGUAGCAGUUGUUAAAGGCCUAACCUACCUGUGGAGUUUAAAGAUAUUACAUAGAGAUGUGAAGCCCUCCAAUAUGUUGGUGAACACAAGAGGACAGGUCAAGCUAUGUGAUUUUGGAGUUAGCACUCAGCUGGUGAAUUCUAUAGCCAAGACGUAUGUUGGAACAAAUGCUUAUAUGGCGCCUGAAAGAAUUUCAGGGGAGCAGUAUGGAAUCCAUUCUGAUGUUUGGAGCUUAGGAAUCUCUUUCAUGGAGCUUGCUCUUGGGAGGUUUCCAUAUCCUCAGAUUCAGAAAAACCAGGGAUCUUUAAUGCCUCUCCAGCUACUGCAGUGCAUUGUUGAUGAGGAUUCGCCAGUCCUUCCGGUUGGAGAGUUCUCCGAACCAUUUGUACACUUCAUCACUCAGUGCAUGAAGAAGCAACCAAAAGAAAGGCCAGCGCCUGAGGAUCUGAUGGGCCAUCCAUUUAUCAUGCAGUACAACGAUGGGAAUGCUGAAGUGGUCUCCAUGUGGGUGUGCAGGAUGCUGGAGGAGAGACGGACCCAGCAGGGGCCUCAGUGAACAGGGAUAUCCUAGAAAGCAGCCGCAGAAGGGAAAUCCUGCUGCUGGUUUUUAGAAAAAGAAACCUGCAACCUAUCGUAUUGUCAUUAUGUUCACUACAUAGCGUUGUUUCCAAGCACCAGAAGAGCCUGGGUGAGCGUGUGCACCUUCCAACUCAGAGGGAAUUCAUCAGAAUUCCCUGUUGCCUUCUUUGCUGUCUCACUGACUAACCUGCAGGGACCUGGAUCCCCGGGACACAGCCUACAGCCAGAAGUCAGCCAUUUGGGCUGCUGAAUGUGUCCGUUUCAGCCCUAUGAAAUUACUGAACCUGAAUCUUUUGCUAUCAGAAUGACGAAGUGAUGGGCCCAGGGAGCCUGGAUACUUCCGUUUCCUUUAUGGCCUUUUCUGAUAUUUCUUGGCUUUAUUGUAUUUUUUUAAAUGGGAAAAGAGUUGGGGGAGGAGAAGGGAUGGGAACUUCCGGAGAGAGGAAAGCUUCAGUGUGUCAUGUAACGACAAUAAAAGCAUUACAACUAUGUAACCACAUCA